GAACGGUUGCUACUGCUGGAUUAUCCUACUACAUUUAUACUGAUCACACCAAAAGAUUUAUGAUGUCCCAAGCAUAUGCUGAUGCAAAAAUUUCGUCCAUACCUCAACCGUUACGAAUUUUACCAUCACGUGCUGAAAUGAUAAAUAGUCUUAAACGUUCAGAUAAAAGUAAAGAUAAUGAAUAUGAUUUAUUAAUAAUUGGAGGUGGUGCAACAGGAACAGGCGCAGCAUUAGAUGCCGCAACGAGAGGAUUAAAAGUCGCGUUGGUUGAGCGUGACGAUUUUGCUUCAGGGACUUCUUCUCGUUCCACAAAACUUAUUCAUGGUGGUGUAAGAUAUCUUGAGAAAGCCGUUUAUCAAUUAGAUUAUGAACAAUAUAAAUUGGUUCGUGAAGCGUUACACGAGAGAGCUACGUUUUUACAUAUUGCUCCAUAUUUGAGUCAUCAGUUACCUAUAAUGUUACCUCUUUAUAG